AUGACUGUCAAAAAUAAUCCAAACGUAUCCGGAUGGAGUUUGGACAGUGGAUAUUCAUAUCCAUGGGGAAUUGAUAAUAAUACAUAUCCAAUUCAAGCUGCUAAUUAUAAACUACUCAAUUUUGUGCAAUUUUUUGUUGAGAUGUAUCCAAACGAUUACGAGCAUAAAUGCAGCGGACUUGAACAAGGUCUUAAGAUAGUAUUAUCAACACCUGGCGAAGCACUGAGAAUGUCACAGAAUUACUUUCGAAUCACAGAGAGUGAAAAUAUUAAAAUGUAUCCUGAAAUGAUUGAGGUUACUAAGAAGUUACGCCACUAUCAACCAAAUCAAAGAAAGUGUUUUUAUAGCGACGAGCGACGACUGCGUUUCUUUAAAAUGUACACCGAAAUCAACUGCGAAGAGGAAUGUUUGGCGAAUUUCACCAAGACAAUGUGUGGAUGCGUGAAAUUCUCAAUGCCAAGAGAUGUGAAUACAAAAAUAUGUGGUGGCGCAAAGAUGAAAUGCUUAAGUGAUGCACGAAAGAUAUUCUGGGCAACGAAUAGUGGAAAAACUGUUCGAGACCAAUGUAAUUGUUUGCCAGGAUGUACAAUUAUAAAAUACAAUCCAGUAAUUGAUCGACCCAAACAAGAUUUAAAAACUUCACCUUCAUACGAUUCCAAAAAGGAUCCUCAUAUACCUUUAUUUUUUAAAAUACGAAGCGGAGAAGGGUAUGUGAAGAAAUCCACAAGAAUUGAAUUAUACAGUGUUCCAGAUUUUUUGGCAAUUUGUGGCGGUUUAUUGGGAUUUUUUGUGGGCGCUUCAGUAUUGAGCAUAAUCGAACUCAUUUACUUCUCCACUCUUCAUUUAUUUUGGAAAAUUCGAUGUACGCCAUCAGCGAAUGCCGUCGCUACAUCUAAUGGUGACGUAGAGAAUAUCGCUUCAACGAGCAAUCAAAAUAUGUACAUUGAAGACAUUGAGUUAAGUUAA